ACAGCGACAAUGACCCUCGACGACGAGUCCCCCGCAUCGGUCCAGGACGGGGGCGGCAAUGGCUCUAACACCGGAAAGCGCAAGAGCGACAACCCUCAGCAGCAGCAACAGAGGCAGAAGCGAAAUCGCUACAUCUCUAUAGCUUGCAACGAAUGCAAGCGGCGAAAGAUCAAAUGCAAUGGCCAAACCCCAUGCCAGCGAUGCGGCAACCUCGCCUUGGACUGCGUCUAUGCUCCCAACUGCUGCACCUCCAAUUUCAAGGACACGGACGAAUUCCGAAAUAUGUCCAACCAGAUCGCCUCUCUCCAAGACCAAGUCAAUGCUCUCUUUGCUAGCAUGAACACUCUACGCGCAGAUCUCGCACACCAACAACCACCUAUCGAUCCUUUCCUGCAACACCAACCCAUCAUUUCACACGAACAUGUUGCUUCCGCCGAAGCCUCUCGAAGAAAGAGUAUGUCGGCAAGACCAGCCUUCAGAGGACCUACGAGUAACGAGUUUAACCUCGGGCUUGCCAAGAAUCAUCUCGAAACCAUAGGCAUUGCCCCUGCUGGUCCCGACGACGAUUUACUGCGCGACGAAUCGCCAGGCGCACAUGUCCUGAGCUCCGCUCCAUUGCAUGCCACCAAGGAUCCCAUCUGGAACAUUAGUCGCGAUGAGGCUAUCCGCCUCAUACGUGUCUAUCAAGACGACAUGCAUAUCAUGUAUCCUCUACUCUCCAUUCCAGAUCUCGUCGCUUACGUCAACAAGCUCUUCACUUUUAUGGAAUCUGCUCAAAGGACGGGUCUUAUGAUGAGAUCUGCUCCUGGCGCCGACUCUAUUGAUGACCAAGAGACAAAUAUACUUAAGAUCGUAAUGGCUACUGCCAUGCUUGUCGAGAGUUCAGGCAGAAGCGAGCUCGGCCGUGCCAUGUAUGAUUACGUGCAACCCUCGAUCGAUGCUCUUUUCCUUGGUGAUACUUGCUUGAGGAGUGUCCAGUUGCUUGCACUCGCGUUUCACUGUGACAAUGAAGGCAUAUCAUGGCGCAUAAUAGGCUUGACUGCUCGUUUCUGCAUUGAACUAGGUUUGCAUCGUAAAGAGACGUACGACCGCAUGGAUGAAGAGCAACGUACCACAGCCAUGCUUACUUUCUGGUCUGUCUACUGUCUUGAUAGGAGGUGGAGUUUUGGCACUGGCAUGCCUUUUGCUCUACAGGACUCUGAUAUUGAUUCAAAUGUACCCAAGCCGAAAUCACUCUAUCUAACUGCCAUGAUCGACCACUUUGCUAUUGCUAGCAAGGUACGGCAUGUGAUAUAUUCUGAUUCCAGCAGAAAACAGGUUAGCAAGGAGGAUGUGAGCUAUCUCGACUUCCAGAUUGUCAACUGGCACAGAAAUCUCCCUCAGCAGCUACAUUGGGAUCGGGACUCCUGGGGCCAAGCAGAUGGAGAUGUGUCUGCUGGACAACAGCGUCUCCGAAUCAUUCUCUACUUGCGAGCGAACGUUAUGCGCGUCAUGAUUCAUCGUCCUGUGUUGCACUCGACAGCGUCAAUUAUGAGCAACCCUAUACAAGCACAGACAGCUGUGGAUAUCGCCAAGGACACGAUCCGCAUCUUGACGCACAUCAACCGGACGAGCAGGAUGUAUCGGGCGUCACAGAGCUUGUUCAAUGCGUUCCUUACGACAGCUUUAGCGGUCUUGUUCCUCGCAGUAUCACACAUGCCCGAGACAUAUGCAGGGCAGGUACGCGAAGAAUUCUACAUGGCGCUAGACCUUGUACGCGGCAUUUCAAAAGGCAGUUGGGUUAGCAAGAGGUUAUGGAAGACGAUCCGGUCGUUGAAGGAGGUAGGACCUAAACUCGGAUUGGUGACGAGCAAUGCGCAAAGCGACCCAAACCAUUCAGCAGCGGUAGCCAUGGCCGGACUUGCUGGACACAAGGUUGACGAGGGAGCAUUCUUGAACCCCGGAGGAUGGAACAACAUGGGUAGUGUAUCUUCGAGUUCGCCUGACGGGAUGGUACAAGACUUGACCAAUCUGUUCGAAGCGGCUGGAGGGUACACAAAUGGAUAUGGAGCUGGGUUCGGGGCAGGGGUCCAUCAAAUGGAUGAAAGCGGGUUCGGUGGCGAAGAUGAGUUGAGCAGAAUUCUGCGGGACUUGUUCUGA